AGGAAACCUCGGUUCAUUUCGUGAACCCAACUGUAUGAAGGCCCCUAGUGAGUUCACCUAAUUACUUCCAUCUUCAACAAGUUGCAACUCUUGUAAGUCUUUACAGCUAGCUUCCUCAUUCUCACUUAUCUUCCCGCCUCAAUACCCUUCCGGUAUGAAGCUCUCAACUCUUCCAGCGGCUCUCGCUCUCUUCGCCAGCAUUUCCGGUACACACCCGACUGCUCACCCAUAUGCCAACUGCAUCACCCAAUCUCGAGCCAAUAAGUUCGUAGAGCGUUGGAUUGGAGUUGUAACUCGCCAAAACACCGACCUCGGCAACCAAACAGCCACCUUGGACGUCAUCUUGGACGACGAUUUCCAGGAACAUUCAAACUCGGUCCGAUCUCUUCUCGAACUGCCGGCAAGUAUUUCUUACACAACCACAGAUUCUGCAGCACCGGUUGAAUCAAAAGAACUUACUUGACGACAUCGCCAACCAGAUGUAUUCUUUCUCACGUGCCGUUACUUCGU